GGUGGUGGGGGUGGGAUGCCUGUGAAGGAUCAGCCUGUUACAGUUUGCUAAGUGGCUUUGAAUGGAAGAAGGCUUGAGUGAGCCAGCACCCCCGGAUAAGGCGCCUGUAAUCCCAGGCUGUGUCGGUCCCCUGCGGAGCGGAGUUGAGUUGGAGGUGUUGGUUUACACUUCCUGUUGUGUGGUCGGUGGGUGUGGAGUACAUUGGCUCGCCCAGUUUCCGGGUUUUUUUCUUUACCUGGGACAGCCAGCGCCCCAUUGAGCCGAGACAGACGGAGAAGUUGAGUUGCGACAAUGUUGUGUGUGCGCCUCAGCCUGUGUCUCUGUCUCCUGCCCUGCUUUCUCUACCUGCUCCAGGUGUGCCGGGCCACCGGCGACGAGCAGUGCCUGAGCAACUACAUCCUGGGCCGGGAUGACUUCGUGCUGGACACCGAAGACUCGGUGGCUGACGGAGCCACUUUCCUGGGCUCUCCCAAUGUCAGCCGUGCCCGAGACUGUGUGCGGAUGUGCUGCAGGAAGCCGGGCUGUAAUGUGGUCCUGCUGGAGGACCAGAACCACAAUAGCCAACGGGACCCCUUGCUCAGGCAGAUCAGUGGCUGCUUCCUCUUCAACUGCCUCUACAACCAGGUCUAUGUCUGCAAGUUCUUCAGGAGAGAGGGCUUCAGUAACUUCAUACUGAACACCGUCCAUGAGGCCUACAUCAAACCCAGGACACCUAGUGCAGGUGACAAACUGCCACGGGCAGAUGCAGGAAGAGACCGAAUUGUGCAGCCGAAUGAGCAAGUGGUGUUAAGUGGGUUGGCAAGUAGAGAUGACUUUAGAAUUGUCAGUUUUGAUUGGAAACUCCUCGAUGGAGAUCCCUCUGUGAAGUUAGAGAAAACUCAACAUCAGGAUGAGCAGCUGGUGUCUAACCUGAAGGUAGGACAGUAUGUCUUUCAGCUGACUGUCAAAGACACGGCAGGCCAGAUGACCACCGACACCAUGUCCGUCACUGUCCUCUCUCCCGAACAAUCCGAGGAAUACUGUACAGCAGACAAGAAGGUGGGGCCUUGCCGUGGGUCCUUCCCUCGCUGGCGCUAUGAGGCGGACAAGGGCACCUGUGAGCCCUUCACCUAUGGUGGCUGCAAGGGCAACAAGAACAACUUUGUGGGCGAGAAAGAAUGCCAGCAGGCGUGCAGCGGUGUCAAAGCAAACACAAAGUCUUCAGGCAGAUCAGGUUUGCCACAAUGCACAGGGAACUGCGGUGAGGGCCAGUUCAAGUGUGGUGAUAACUGCUGCAUUGACAGUAACCUCGAGUGCGAUGAAACUCCACAUUGCAAAGAUAAAUCGGAUGAGGCCAGUUGCAAACACAUAAGGGAACGAUUCAACAAACUGCUGGAUAUAAAUAUUCCCAAGGAGAAAGCUCGCUGUGUGUACCCGCCCAUCACUGGCCAAUGCCGAGCUGACUUCAGCCGUUUUUACUACAAUCCCUACACCAGGUCCUGCGAGCGCUUCACAUACGGAGGCUGUGACGGCAAUGAGAACCGCUUUGAAACGGAGAAGGCGUGCUUGAAUGCCUGCAGGGGGGUCACAGGAAAGGAUGUGUUUUCCCGAGGCUUCUUUGAAAGGCAGAAAGAAGAAAAGCAUUCAAAUGCUGGCAUUGCCAUUGCCGUGGUCCUAGCCAUCUGUAUCGCUGUGGUACUAGCCCUCGUGGUCUACUACCUGCUGAAGAUGAAGAAGCAGAACCGCCGACAAGCCAGUCUGCCCAGUUCCACCGAUUCCACGGACGAAGCAAAGAAACUGAUGGCAUUGAAUUCGAAACCAGUCUGAGGCGGGCAGUGGCGAUAAUCCUCCCUUUAAGACUGUGGGUUGUUGGGGGUGGGGAG